CUUGGGGCGGCCUCCGGGAGGGGGGUCUUCAGGGAAAGCCCGCGGUAAGGUCGCGGCGGGGGGGCCGAGCUAGGACUCUGCCCGCAGGCUGAUAGCGUUCCUGCGUAUCGAUGCCGCCGUUCGAGCUCGGGCGGAGCGACGGGGCAGCCGUGCGAUACGGUGGUUCCCUGCGCGUGGGAGACAUCGUGGGCUCGCGGUUCCUGGUGUUCGAUGCGAAGUCGGAGAUGCACAGAGCAGAGCUGGGGGAAAAACGGGGUUUCGGCCUCAGAUGUCCUGCCUGGGAGGCCCAGUCAGUAGUGGAGUCGCUCUGCGUGUGGAGGAGAUACUCUGGCAAGGGAGGAGAGUUUGGGCCAGUUCUCCCCCAAGGGGCAAGGUCCUAGUCAUGCCCAGCCUCAGAACUCGCCGUGAGGAGGCAGAGAUGGAGCUCUCAGCUCCAGGACCAUCCCCUUGGACCCCUGCAGCCCAGGCCCCUGUGAGUGAUGCUCCUGCUGUGACCCACCCUGGAUCUGCAGCCUGUGGUCCCGCCUGCUCUAGUGACACUGAGCUGGAAGCCGUCUGCCCUCACUAUCAGCAGCCAGAUUGUGACACCAGGAUUGAAGACAAGGAGUUUCUUCACAAGGAAGACAUUCAUGAAGAUAUGGAAUCACAGGCAGAAAUAUCAGAAAACUGUGCUGGUGAGGUUUCCCAGGUGCCCGAGCUUGGAGAUCUGUGUGAUGAUGCAUCAGAAAGAGACUGGGGAGUCUCUGAAGGCAGGAGGCUGCCACAGUCCCUCUCCCAGGAGGGGGACUUCACACCAGCGGCCCUGGGGCUCCUUAGGGGUGCCUUAGAGGAGAAAGAUCUGGCCUGUAAUGGUUUUGACAGUUGCUUCAGUCUGAGCCCAAACGUGAUGGCAUGUCAGGAAAUCCCUACAGAAGAGAGGCCACACCCAUGUGACAUGGACGGCCAAAGCUCCCAGCACUGCGUGGACCUAACUGGUCACGAGGGGGUUCCCACAGCCGAAAGUCCACUCAUAUGUAAUGAGUGUGGGAAAACCUUCCAAGGAAAUCCUGACCUUAUUCAGCAUCAGAUAUUCCACAUUGGAGAGGCUUCCUUUAUGUGCGAUGGUUGUGGGAAAACCUUCAGCCAGCACUCGGUUCUUAAAAGCUGUCAUCGAUCUCAUAUGAGUGAGAAAGCCUGCCAGUGCAGCGAAUGUGGGAAAGCCUUCCGAGGGUGCUCAGACUUUUCUAGGCAUCAGAGUCACCACAGCAGUGAGAGGCCUUAUAUGUGUAACGAAUGUGGAAAAGCCUUCAGCCAGAACUCGAGCCUUAAAAAGCACCAAAAGUCUCACAUGAGUGAGAAGCCCUAUGAAUGCAAUGAAUGUGGGAAGGCUUUUAGGCGGAGCUCAAACCUCAUCCAACAUCAAAGAAUCCAUUCUGGGGAGAAGCCGUACGUGUGCAGUGAGUGUGGGAAGGCCUUCAGGCGAAGCUCAAACCUCAUCAAACACCACAGGACUCACACAGGAGAGAAGCCUUUUGAGUGUGGCGAGUGUGGGAAAGCCUUCAGCCAGAGUGCACACCUGAGGAAGCACCAGAGGGUCCACACUGGAGAGAAGCCUUACGAGUGUAAUGAUUGUGGCAAGCCCUUCAGUCGGGUCUCCAACCUCAUUAAGCACCACAGGGUUCACACUGGAGAGAAACCCUAUAAGUGCAGCGACUGCGGGAAAGCAUUUAGUCAGAGCUCCAGCCUUAUUCAGCAUCGGAGAAUUCACACUGGAGAAAAGCCUCAUGUGUGUACCGUGUGCGGAAAAGCCUUUAGUUACAGCUCAGUGCUCCGAAAGCACCAGAUCAUCCACACAGGAGAGAAGCCGUACAGAUGCAGUGUCUGUGGGAAGGCCUUCAGCCACAGCUCAGCCCUCAUUCAACACCAGGGCGUGCACACAGGUGACAAGCCCUAUGAGUGCCACGAGUGUGGGAAGACCUUUGGUCGCAGCUCCAACCUCAUCCUUCACCAGCGAGUCCACACUGGAGAGAAGCCCUAUGAAUGUACUGAAUGUGGAAAAACCUUCAGCCAGAGCUCAACCCUCAUUCAGCAUCAGAGGAUUCAUAAUGGGCUGAAGCCCCAUGAGUGUAGCCAGUGUGGCAAAGCCUUCAACCGAAGCUCCAAUCUCAUUCACCACCAGAAAGUUCAUACUGGGGAAAAACCCUACACCUGCGUUGAAUGCGGUAAGGGCUUCAGCCAGAGCUCACACCUCAUUCAGCAUCAGAUAAUCCACACUGGCGAGCGCCCCUACAAAUGCAGUGAGUGUGGGAAAGCCUUCAGCCAGCGUUCCGUCCUCAUCCAGCACCAGAGGAUCCACACUGGGGUGAAGCCCUACGACUGCGCUGCUUGUGGGAAAGCCUUCAGCCAGCGAUCAAAGUUGAUCAAACACCAGUUGAUUCACACCAGGGAGUAGCCUGUUGGGCUGGCAGGAGUGAAAUUGAGCAUAGUUUCCUCUCCAGCUCCUCUUUGGCCAUUGUCUCAGCCUCUGCCACUUCCCAGACCGAAAGCCUGCACUCAGCUCGCUGCCCCACAUCCAGUGGCCACAUGGCCUGGGACCCUCCUUGGAAACAUCCUUUACGGGCUCCCUUCUCACUGCCACUGCUCUUGCCUCUUGUGAUGUCUUGAGUUUGGGUUUGUUUUUACAGCCUGUGAACAGACUGCACGUUUGUUACAAGGGAGAUUAUGGAGGCUACAUAUUCGUGAAUAGAGCUUACUAUUGUAAUCAAAAGUUACCAAAAAAGUAAAGUGACAUUUGGUUUGAGAUAACCAUAGUAGUUUUUUUGAUUGGUAA